UAUAUACAAUAAAAUGUCACUCACACUCUCAAAUUCAUUUGAGAUUUACAAGUGAGUGGUGACCGAGAGACAAUUCCGAUAAUAAUCAUGAAAUUUGUGUUAGCGUUUUUGUUGUUGAUCGGUAUUUCUUGCCAAAUUGGAAGAGGGGAUUGUGCUCCUGCUGAAACAAUAAUUGGAGAUUUAACAGAAAAGAUGGGUGACGGUAUACGUUAUGUUAAAGAUACGAUUGCUGAAUAUAUGCCAGACAUUGACAUGCCUUCAAUACCGGUACCCAGCAUAAUGAAGGAUGGGUAUGACAGCUUCAAAGAUGGUGUGGGAGAUAUGGCUGAAGGAGCUGGACAAAUGGCAAAAGAUACCGUGGGUACUAUCUCAGAUGCAUUGGAUUAGGCAUUACGUCAUACUUAGAAAUUUAAACAGUAGAUAAAUAUUCAUAAAAAUACAAGCGCUUUGUUUAAUAUAAUAUAAUUGUCUUGUUAUUGGAAAUAUAUAAAUACCUAUAUUGAAUAAUUAUUUGAAUAACUAUAAUUUGUAACUGUAAUAAAAAUGUUACACAAUUUAAUCUACAUUAGAAAAGUUCAUAAAUAUUAAUUUCAACAACAUUAUUAUAAUUGUAUAAUUAAUACCUACAAUAAAUAUUGAAUUCUUAAACUGA